AAAAGGCUUAAGUCAAUAUGGAAAUAGAGAAGCAAAACUAGUAAACGUAGAGAGAGAGAAAUGGGAAAGAAAACUUCUUCAAAAUUGAGUCAAGUGUUCAUUGUGGUUCUUCUUUGCAUCUUCAUUUAUCGUACCGACUCAGCUAUUUCUUCUCAUCAUGAACAACUUCCAAUUUCCGGGAGAAGAAUGAUGGCGAACACUCCGUAUCCGUAUGGUGGCAUAUAUGUGAAACCACCACCCUCAAAAAGUAAAGGUAGUUAUCUGAAAGUGAAGAGAUUGGAGACAUAUUAUAAGCCAAAUAGUGAUAUAGGUACAGGACCAUCACAUAGUGGACAUGGUGGUAGCACCAUUGAUCAAGUUUCAUCUCCUUAGUUUCCGGGCAAUGACUUAUUUCUUUCAAAUAAAAAGUAUGAAUGUAACUCUUUAAGUUUAUGUGUGUUUUUAAAUUUUAAGUAAGGUUUUUAAAGUCUCAUUAAUGUAAAAUAUACGUAUUUGUGUAAUAUCAUAUAUAAUCUAAGUUUCUUAAGCAAA